AUGAUUUCAUUAAGAAGCAUACUGAGAAGUCCUGCGGUUCAAGCAGCACGGAUCUAUCGUACGUUAGCCACAGCAGAUACGUCGGGUAUCAAUGAGCAAGCUAAACCUAAGACCAAGAGAAAGAAGACAGUUUUUUCGGAUGCAUUAAACAAAGGACCAUCUUUUGAGGACUUUGUGAACGGAAAAGCAGCGGAUAUGUUGGUUGAUCCAUUGGAAGCGGCCAGACAAGACCCGAACCAAAGAUUGCCCAAAUGGUUGAAGGUUCCAAUCCCUAAGGGAAAGUCGUUCAACAACUUGAAAAAUGACGUGAGAGAGUUGAAAUUAGCCACGGUGUGUGAAGAAGCUAAAUGUCCAAACAUUGGUGAAUGUUGGGGAGGAAAGAAAUCAGAAGCUACGGCCACCAUCAUGUUAAUGGGAGACACCUGUACGAGAGGAUGUCGUUUUUGCUCUGUCAAAACUAAUAGGACACCAGCCAAACCGGACCCUAUGGAACCGGAGAACACUGCCGAAGCUAUUAGUAGAUGGGGGCUUGGAUAUGUUGUUUUGACCACAGUCGACAGGGACGAUUUAGUGGAUGGUGGUGCCAACCACUUGGCAGAAACAGUGAGAAAGAUCAAAGAAAAGGCCCCACAGAUUUUAGUGGAAGUCUUGGGGGGUGACUUUAGAGGGGACUUGGAUAUGGCUGCGAUUUUAGCUAGAUCCGGAUUGGAUGUGUAUGCCCACAACAUUGAGACUGUUGAGGCUUUAACGCCGUACGUUAGAGACCGUAGGGCCACAUAUAGACAAUCGUUGUCCAUAUUAAAAAAGGCAAAGGAAACAAAGCCUUCAUUGGUGACUAAAACUUCGAUUAUGUUAGGGUUUGGUGAAACCGACGAACAGAUCAUGCAAACAUUGAAGGACUUGAGAGAAAUAAAUUGUGAUGUCGUGACAUUCGGCCAGUACAUGAGACCUACGAAGAGGCAUAUGAAGGUGGUCGACUACAUCAAGCCUGAAAAGUUCGACUACUGGAGAGACACUGCUUUACAAAUGGGAUUCCUUUAUGUUGCCAGUGGUCCUUUAGUCAGAUCGUCUUAUAAGGCAGGUGAGGCCUUUAUUGAAAACGUCAUUAGGAAGAGAAGACAUAAUGUUGGUGAAUCCCCAAGAUUGGCCCAAGAAGUUAAUCCUAAGAUUAUGUCCCAAUCCGCUUGA